AAUUGGUAUAAAUAGUAUACCCAAUGCUUCAUACCAAGACUUGUAUUAUUCUUUAACAACUGAACUAUUUGCCAAGAUGAUGGAAAUGUUGUUUGGUCGUAAAAAAACUCCGGCUGAGCUAUUACGGAUACAUCAGCGUACAAUUCAAAAGGCACAACGUGAAAUGGAACGCGAACGUUCGAAAUUAGAAAUUUCCGAGAAAAAGCUAAUAGCAGAUAUCAAAAAGUCAGCAAAAGCAAAUCAAAUGGCUGCAUGCAAAAUUAUGGCCAAAGACCUUGUCAGAACUCGACGCUAUAUUCAAAAAUUCCAAGCAAUGAAAACCCAACUUCAGGCUGUUAAUCUGCAAAUUCAGGAUAAUCCAUUGACUCUGAAGUUACCUCCGGUAUUUAAGGAAAGAAAAGUGUUGAUUUCGAGAAUUUCGAAGGGUUGUCACAAGUUAUGUUUGAAAUUAUUAGAAUUAUUCGCUAUUGCAUUGGAGGUUACUGAAUCGGAGGGAGGGAAACAUUGGUUCGAAAAAAGACAUGAUUACGGAUUGAAGUCAGGGGAUUGUUUGCGAGUUAUCCAUUAUCCCGCGGUAGAAAAAGUUGCUGAGAAGGAUAUUCGGGCUGGAGUUCACUCUGAUUACGGAUCUCUCACUGUACUUUUCCAAAAAGACGUCGGAGGUCUUGAAGUACUACCACCAAAUUCUACCGAAUGGAUCUCAGCGCCUGUAAUUCCAGAUUGCGUGUUAAUUAAUAUAGGGGAUUGUUUAGAAUUCUGGACACGAGGUUUAUACAAAUCAAUUAAACAUCGAGUAGUAUUUGGUGAAGAUAAUUUGAAUCUUGACAGAUAUAGUAUUGCAUAUUUUUUUCAUGCUGGUCGAGAUGUGGGUUUGGAUCCGAUUCCAUCGAAGUUUGUGCCCAAUGAUGGGAACGAAAAAUUAGGUAAUGGGGAAAAGUCAUUGACGGCAGGACAAUAUCUGCAGAAUAAGUUGGAUCUUUCUUACAAGAAUGUUAUUAUAGGAUAA